AUGAAUCCUCGUAUUGAGAAACUUUGUUUACCUCGUCAACGACGUGAUGCUGUCUGGAAAUUUUGGCAACCAAAUGCUAGAUUGGAAAAAAUUCAUCCACCUAUAUAUUGGAAAUCACUUGAAUAUAAGCACAUUCAUUCAAAAAGAAAAUCUAUUGUAGAAGAUUCUCAAAAUACUCAUGAAUGUUUAUGUUCAAAUGGAUGUAAUUAUACAACAUUAAUCUAUAAACAUCCAAGUGAAAAACAAUCUAUUGAAAAAGGAUUUCGUAUAUUUAUUGACUUUGAACAUGAUGGAUUACAACAUGCUGCUUGGAAGGAACCGAUUGAAGAAGAAUGUAAAUUAAAUAUAAAAGAUAAACCAUCAAUCGUAGAAUUACAAUGGUUAAAUCUAAAUAAUAAACAGCAAUCUCUGAAUGAUCAAUAUUUAAAACGUCAAGAAUUAGUUCGAUAUUACAAGUUACAUACUCAAAAAGAUAAUUUACUCAAAAGCAAUAAAACAUCACACCCAAAUCAACCUAUACCUAUAUCACGUCGUCCACGUGAUGCUCUUCAUGCUGAUUUUUAUCAAGCAUCUUGUUUUGAUGGAUCAAAAACCGAAGCAACAUUUAAAACAUUUUAUCAUCGAAAAUAUCUUUUAUCUCGACAUUUACGUGAACAUACAUUGAAAGAUCUUCUACGAUAUGCAACAAAUGUUGAACUUGAUAUUGAUAUUAUUGGUCAUUUUAUUUUACAUCCAAAUGAAUUAUCUAAGCAAGAACUGAAAAUGUUUGAAUUAACAUCAGAAUUUGGAGAUAUUUAUGAUGGUCAUAUUAUUCGAAUAAAUAAAAACAAACUUGUUCUAUUACUGGCUUCUACGCAUUAUUCUGAUAUGAAAAUUACACAAACAGAAGAUAAUCUGACAAAUGUUGAUGCUAAAUCUGAUCAACAAUCAACAAUCGUACAGCUUAUUUCUGAUUAUGUUCGUGAAUAUUUGCAAACAAAUCAUAAUCAUUUUUUUGAACAAAUACGACGUGUACAAGUUGAAUUGGAACCUUUAACUAAUACUGAUAAACGUCGCGUUAUUAUUCAUUUAUUAAACGAUGAAGAAAUUGUUGAAAAACUUACUUUUGAUAUUACAUAUGAACAAGAACCAAAACUUUUUGAUAAAGAAUAUCAAAAUAAUCUUUAUUUUAUACAAAGUAUCAAUGAAACAACAAUUAUUAAUUCUGUUGAACAUAAACUCAAAGAAUUAUUUGAUAAACGAUAUUCUUUAAAACAUCAAGACUCUUAUAUACAAUUAACAUUAGAUAUAGAAUACGAUACAUUAGAUAGUAUACGAAAACUGUUUUAUGCUUAUGCUAAUCAUACAUUAUCAAUAUAUUCACGUGAAGAAUGUAUGCGAAUAGCAAUUGAAUAUUAUUUUGAUGAUCUAUUAGAUAAAUUUGAUUGUAAGGAAUUUCAACCAAUUAAUGAUAAACAAAUCCAAAUGAUGAUUGAUGAUGUACAAAUGCGAUUACGUCAACAAAUCGAACGACGUUUAAAAGCCGAAAUGACAGCUAAAAUUCUUCUAAUCGGUCCACCAAUAAAUAAAGAGAUAAAAACAAUGGACAAGGAAGUCGUCGUAUUAGAUCAUCAUCGAGAAAUCUUUAUAAAUCAAUCAAAUACAUCUAUUAAUCCAUCAAAAGUGAAAGAUAUUCAACAUAAUAAUGAUAAUGCUAUUUUCCAUGAAGAGAUAGAUGGUGGACCACAAAGUUUUGAUCGAUUACCAAUGAGUAUUGAUUCAUUAACAAUAUUAAGACGUUUUCAACAUCGAAAACAUUUAUCUAUUGAACAAAGCGAUAAUAAAAUAGUUCUACUUGGCAGUGGCAUACAACGUUUAGUUUCAUCUAAAGAUCGUAAUGAAUCUGUUUCAUUUUCUAUUGAAUGUGAACAAGAUAAAAUUGAAAAUAAAUCAACAAUUGAUGUAAAUCAAUCUGAUAGUAAUAGUUUAAAAACACUCAAUACAAUAUCUAUUCAUACAAAAAGUUAUAAUACAUCAGCAUAUCCUAAAAAAUUUCAUCAACAACAUAUAAAGAAAAGAAUAUCUCGAUCACCUGCUGAAUAUGGUAAACAUAAACAUAAACGAAGAAGACAUACACGAUUUGAAUUAAGAUCAAAAGCAUGCAUUAGUAAUAGAAAUGUCAAUUAUUCAUUUCUUAACAAUUUAUGUUUACUGUAUCAAAAUAAAAAACAGAAAACGAUGAAAAAACAUAAUAAAAAACAAAAACAAUUUAAAUCAGUAAAACAUAUUAAUAUUAAUGCAACAAAAGGAAAUUCCAGUACUACAAAUCUACGAAAUAAUCUUAUCAUUGAAUCGACAGAUGACUUAUCCAGUCUUCAUGCAGAACAACUACAAGUUUAUUUCGAAAACUUGAUACAAACAAUAGAAAUACCUGAUCAAUUUCAAUUAACUGAAGAACAGUUAAAUCAAAUUAUAAUCGAAGAAAAUAUUCGAAUACAUGACGUUGACCUUAAUGAAACAUCAAUGAAUACUUUUCAUUUGAACGAAAAACAGAUUCAAUUUUUGAUUGCUCAGAUAGAUAUGAUGAACUGGUUAUCAUUAAAUUCUAAUUUCUCAUUCAAGCAGCAACAAUUACCACUUAUUCUUCAUCUUAAUCAGUUAAUCGAAUUAUGUAAUCAACAACACAUCGAUAUAGAUAAACUUCUUAAUAAUCAAACUGAUUUACAAAAUUCAUUAUCACCCGUCAAUUCAAACUUUGAAUUCACUUUCUCAGCCUCACAAAUAGCAUAUAUAAUCAAUCAACAUAGUUUUGAUAUGAAAAAAGUAUUAGCUAUUCAACAAAAUUUAAAAAAAGAAGAUUCACAAACUCAACAGUUUCACUUGAACAUAUCACAACUUGCUUAUUUGUUUGUUAAUCGUCAUAUUAUGCAUAGUCAUGAAAUUGUUGGUCUUUCUGCUAGUCAAUUAAUAGCUUUAUAUAUGUUGCAACAAUCAUCAAUUCAAGAUGAUCAAACAUCAUUUUUUUCACUUACUUAUCAACAAAUAAAACAGUUAGCUUUGAUGCAAAAUAUGUCUUUGGAACAUCUUCGAGCAUUACCUAUUUCAAAUAAACCUCUACAACUAUCACAUAAUCAAUUAACUUAUAUUGCUAUGGAAAAUAAAAUAACAAUAGAACAAAUAACAUCACUUCACAGUAGUCAGAAAUCAAAAAUAUUAACUCAUAAACAGCUCUGUACUUUAAUUAACCAAAGUAGUCAAUUAACUGAAUUGAAAAAUUCCAUAAAUCUUAGACAAUCUACUGAUGAAUUUUCUCGUAUACCCCAAUAUAUUUGCUUGAAUAUGACAGAAUUACGUCUUAAACCAGAACAAUUAGCCAUGCUUUGGAACACAGAUAUUCUAUCUGACGUCACAUCUGUAUCACAAUCACAGCUUCGAUUUACUCUUACUGAUGAACAAUUUAGUAGUUUACUUCGUAAUGUUUCUAUUUCUAUUCCUCAAACACCUUCACAAUUAACAACAAAUAUGAAGUUCAAUACAGAAGCAUCAACACAAUUACAUGAACCUAGUAACAAGAGAAAACAAUCAACUGAUAAACAAAAUCUACUAUCAUUCACUCUUACCGAACAAUUAACAGCUAUGCAUAAACAAUUACAAUCAAGUGUACAAACUCAUAUAGAAACAGUAAAAUUAGUGUCAGAUUCAAUAUUAAAACGUAACCAAAUCAAAAACACUCUCAAUCUUAUUCAUCAAUUAAGUCUGCACUCAAUUGAUGAUAUAUCAAUGAAAGAAAUCGAAACGAUUCCAUCAUUCGUACUUGAUCUGCUCAAAAUGAACACAGUCACAGAGAAUAUCUAUCAAUCAAUCAAACAAGGUGAAGUAGUUUCGAAUGUAUUAGAGAAAUCUGAUGAUCUAAAUACAAAUGAUAGCUUAAACAAAAUAAUCAUUGAAAAAAUUCAAACUAAUCAACUUAGUUUUUCUCAAAUUCAUAAAAUUCAAACACAAUUACUUACUCCAAAACUUUUGAAUGAAUUUAAAACAGGUCAUCUCUCACAACGUAUUUUAAAUGCAUACAAAAGUCAAUCACCAUUACAAAUGAUUCAAACAAUUCGUACAUCAAUAACACAACUGAGUACUUUACUUCUUCAUCAAUCGUCGAUUAUUGCUCAACCAGGUGCUAUGAUAGUACCUAUUAUACCACAAUCUACGAUGAAGAAUACGAUUCCAUCUGAUGAAAUAUCUGAUGCUAAUGCUUCCAACAAUGAAAAAAAUGAACAUGUUAUUAUGUUACCCCAAGUGAUGGAACAAGAUCCAAUAAUUAUUUAUCCUGAAUCACCAAUCAUUCGACAACAAACUUUACAAGAGCUUGGUAAUGCAUCAAUUCGACAUAUCACUAACAAAAUUAGAACAAUGGCAAUUACAAAAGAUUUCGAAAGUUUAAUCAAUCGACAAAUAGAUGAAGUCGAUAUCUUAAACAUUCUCGAAGGUCAUAUAAGUCAUUUAUUCGAUCAAGUGCAUGUAGAUACUAACAAAAUAAAUGAAUUAUUUAAUCUUAAUAUUCAACAUCGAUUAAACAGAAUCAAUGAACGAAUUCAAUUAGUUAAUAUUUUACAAAAUCAUAUUGAAUAUAACAGAUUAAAACGACAAAUGAAUCUUGAAGAAUUCACUGCAUUUGUUCUUGAAGAUAUUUCUAAAUUCGAACAACUGACAAAUAUUCAUUUAACAGAAGAUGAUUUACGAAUUAUAUCAAUGAAUCGCUUUGCAUCGAUUGAGCGACUUAUGAUGCGUCGUUUAACGGAAGCAGAAUAUCGUUAUUUACUUCAAACUAAUUCUCCAUUCGAUUAUAUCGAACAAGAAUUACUUAAACGACCAUUAACAACAGAUGAACAUAUUGAACAGGAAGAAUUAACUAUAUUAUUAUAUCAAGAUAUAUGUCCUGUUUUCAAUGGAAAAAUUUUAGAAAGUUUAGAACAACAAAAUAUUAAAUUGACUCAUAUACAAUUAGAACAGAUUCUUCGACGAAGAGCGGAACUUGUUGAUGACUAUGAUAUCAUUUAUUCGAUUACUCCGUCGAUACAACUUAUUGAAGAGCAGUUUGAUCAUUCAUUGACUAUGAGUGAAAAGAAACGUUUAAUACAUGAUGAUUAUUCUAUGAUUGAACAAAUAAAAGACUCGAAAAGAAAAACUCAAGAAAUUCUUCCUCUUACAGCAUUAAUUCUUAAUUUAAUUGAAAAUACUCAAGAUAAAAAUUUAUUAGAAAAUAUUGAACAACUACAAGUAGAUAUUGAUCGAUCAUUAACAAAACAAGAGAUUAUCAUGGC